ACUACAGCAAUGACCGACUCCUGUUUCUCUGUUACUUUUGCUUUCCCCCUUGAAUGGCAUUGGAUUUUACGAAAAUGUAUGCUUCUUUUUGAGCCUUGGCAUCGCGAUCCUCCGACGAGUCGCUCGUGAUCUCGUUCACCUUGGAAGAUGUGCGGUCUUUGUGUCUUCGAAGCUGCACCUUUUUAUGCCCUUCAUUUAUGUUGAGGACCUUGAUUCGCCUUUCCUUUCAGUUGCAAAUCCUUAUUACUUCUCAGCGGCCAUUGGACUGGGAACUGUACACUUAUCCUUUAUGUUUGGCCUCCACCUUCAUCACGCGUCUCCGUUGAGACAUCUAUGCAUGUGUUAUAAUGAAAGGAGGUGCGGACAGAUGUAAUCUAGUCACAGGUUCAUGUCUCCUCCCUAGAUAUUGUUCUUCUAGGGUACUUGAUCUCGUCUUCUCAUCAGGAGUAUCAAAGUUCUGUGUACCUGACUGAGAUCGACAUCCCUCUACUCGAUAUCUAGUUCUGUGGCCACUGAUGGAUGAACAGAUUCCAUCUGAAGCUCCUCGAGGCCUUCCGAUCCCUGAUGUUUUCCCAGAUCCCACGGAACCAAAUACGAAGAUGUUAACCAUCAAAAUAGCAGGGCCUUCAUCUGAGAACGGCGAGACAUCUAACCCCAUCUCGCCUUCCAUAUCAAUCUCUCCACACCUGAAUUCACCUUCUCCACCAUCCUCUGCAUUUGUUUCAGCAUUACAGUCACCUUAUAUAUCUCCAAGAGCCUUAGAACUACCAUGUGAGAACAACAACACUACACCAUCAGCUACAAUCCCAUCGCCGGUUUCGUACUCCUGUUCACAUUCUGACGACAUCCCAAGCACUUCCUACACUCCUCCAUCAGAAAGAUACGGCUCUCUAGCUGACCAGAUCGACCAAAAGCCCAAGUUCUCCGAUGCAGCAGCACCUCGUAUCUCAUUCUCCUUUCCGGUCCCUCGGAUCUCAUUCACAAAAUGCUCGGACUCUCCUUCGGCCAAUGCCAAGCUCCGAAGCUGUGAUGUGUACAUCGGAUUCCAUGGCCAAAACAACAAUCUCAUUCGUUUCUGUAAAUGGCUCAAGUCUGAGCUUGAGCUCCAAGGAAUAGCCUCAUUUGUUGCUGAUCGAGAAAAGUAUUCGGAUACUCAGAGACAUGAGAUCGCCGAUCGAGUCAUAUGCUCUGCGACCUUUGGUGUCAUUGCAGUGACACCAUCUAGUUUUCUUAAUCCUCUGAGUGUCGAGGAGGUCAGGUUCUUUGCUCAGAAGAGAAAUCUCAUUCCGCUUCUGUUCGAUACCGAGCUCUCAGAGAUCGCAAGUCUUCUUGAUGGGAGGUUGGAGGGUAAGGAAUGUAGGGAAGCAUUUGAAGGAUUGACCAAGUGCAAUGAGUUCAAGCUCGAAACAAACCAUAGCAACUGGAGAAGCUGCAUAUCGAAGGCGGUCGCGAUCCUAAAAUCGAAACUUGCAAGGAAGAGUAGCACAGACAAGGAAAACGAUGGCUUUGAAGAAUUACCCUUUCCUCGAAACAGACAUUUUGUCGGUAGAGAGAAGGAGAUGACGGAGAUCGAGGCUACUUUCUUCGGAUGUUGUGAAGUUCAUGAGAUGGAGCAUCCAAAGCAGCCGCUGGUGAAUGGUGGCUCGAGUGAUGGAUUCGCCGAUGAGGAGAGUGAUACAGUUAGAACAAGCGGGAAGUACAUUAGUCUGGAAAUGAGGAAGUGCAAAGAGCCUACUUUGGAAGCUUGGAUAGAACCAGUGAUCGAGCUUACAAGCAAAGGAAGAAGCCUUCAGAAGCAACGGUCGAAGCACAAGAAAUCACGUAGCGGAGGCAACAAAGGUUAUGGCAAUGCCAACGUGUUCUGUGUCAAUGGGGCUUCAGGCAUCGGGAAGACAGAGCUCGCCUUGGAGUUUACCUACAGGUACGCUCAGAGAUACAAGAUGGCGCUGUGGAUUGGUGGUGAAGCAAGGUACUUCAGGCAGAACAUUCUGAAUCUGUCAAUGAACUUGGGAUUGGAUGUCAGUUCAGAGGGAGAGAAGGAAAGAGGGAGGAUAAGGAGCUUCGACGAACAGGAGUUUGAUGCAUUCCAAAGGGUGAAGAGGGAGCUCUUCCGAGAUAUCCCUUACUUGCUGGUGAUCGACAAUCUUGAGACAGAGAAGGAAUGGUGGGAAGGAAAAGAUCUGCAUGAUCUGAUUCCAAGGAACACCGGAGCCACCCAUGUGAUCAUCACGACGAGGCUUCCCAAGGUAAUGAGCUUCGAGCCAAUGCAACUUCCACUGCUUUCCUCGGCAGAUUCUCUCCUCCUCCUUAGAGGCAGAAGGAAGGACUACUCGGCCGAGGAGAUUGAAGUACUAAAAAAAUUCGACGAGAGGUUGGCAAGGUUGAGCUUUGGGUUGUCGGUAAUCGGCUCCCUUCUUUCUGAGAUGGCAAUUUCACCAUCCGAAUUGCUUGAAGCAAUCGACAGGAUCUCCCUCAGCGAUAGUAGCGUUCCCUUGGUUGGUAGCGAGGAUGGUUUCUGCGGGAACAAUGCAUUCCUAAUCAAAGUAUUGGUGUUCUGCUUUGCGGUACUGGAUCGAGCUAAAGGAAGAAGCCUUGCGUCAAGGAUGGUGCUCACUGGUGCAUGGUUCGCUACUGCCCCCGUUUCUUCAGCAUUACUAGCAGCUGCUUCUAAUAAUUUACCCACAAAAGGAAGCUUUCAUCAAUGGGGGAAAGGUCUCACUGCUGCUUUCCUCCUCUGUGGCUCCAGAUGCUAUUUACCACCCCAAGCUCAAAAAAUCGAAGUGGAAUCUGCUCUCCUGCUGGUUAAACUUGGCCUGGCAAAAGGAACUGCAAGACAGCCUGGAUGCUGGAUCCAAUUCCACCCGAUCACCCAAACGUUUGCCAGGAGGAGAGGCGGGCUGCCGCCAGCCAUGGCCACGGUGCAUGGCAUGAUGAAGGUCGGUAACGCCACGGCGAACUUUGACCACCUAUGGGCUUCAGCGUUUCUUAUCUUCGGAUUUAAAUCAGAACCCCCUCUGGUUCAGCUCAAGGCAGCUGACAUGGUCUUCUUCAUCAAAAAGACGGCACUUCCUCUAGCAAUCCGGUCCUUCAUGACCUUCUCAAGGUGCAGUUCAGCUCUGGAGCUCCUGAAGGUGUGCACCAACGUGCUCGAGGAGGUGGAGAAAUCAUUUGUAUCUCAGAUACAGGAUUGGAACCAAGGAUCUUUGUGCUGGAAAAAGAGGCUGCACUCCGAUCAGAAGGUGGAUGAAUAUGUUUGGCAGGAUGUGACGCUCCUCAAAGCGACAUUGCUGGAGACUCGGGCGAAGUUGCUGCUGAGGGGAGGGCAUUUUGACAAUGGCGAAGAGCUAUGUAGAACUUGUAUCAGUAUCAGGACGGUGAUGCUAGGCCAUAACCACGCUCAGACUUUGGCUGCUCAGGAAACAUUAGCCAAGUUGGUCAGAUAUAGAAGCAAGAUAUGAAGGAUGUAACACACGUAUCUCAUUGCUUUGGCUUGCUUCUUCCUCUGCAUCUCAAUUAUGAUGUGUGAGAUCUUCCAACCUCCAUUCUCAGUUUUGUUCAUGUGCUAUUUCUAG